AAGCCGGCUGUUACGUCUUUUUCAUACAAUCUACAGCAUAUAAGUUCAUCCCAGUGUCUACAUGGCAUAUACUGUAACGCGACGAUCACCGUGAUUCUGAAAAUAAUAUGAGCGAUUAUGGAAGAUUCGGUUUGCAGGUUUAAUAACUCCGAGUUAGACACCAGUCGUCCAAACCGAAGAGAAAUCGGUCAGCUGAUUAGCAUUUGCCGAAGACUAGAAAAUGAGGUUUCGCUUUUGCGGAGACUUGGACUGUCCGGAUUGGGUGCUUGCAGAAAUCAGCACUUUGGCGAAAAUAUCCAGCGUAAAGAUGAAACUUCUUUGUGUCCAAGUGCUGAAGGAUCUGCUUGGAGAGGGCAUUGAUUAUGACAAAGUGGCAAAACUCACUUCAGAUGCAAAGUUUGAGACUGGUGAUAUAAAAGCUAGCGUGGCAGUGCUGAAUUUCAUCCUCUUUAGCGCAGCUAAGAAUGAUGUGGACAGUGAGUCCCUUUCCAGUGAGCUGCAGCAGUUGGGCCUACCCAAAGAGCACGCCACGGGUCUGUGCAAGUCAUACGAAGACAACCACUCUGCCCUGCAGGACAGACUGCGGGAAAGCAGUCUGCGCCUGAGUCGCCUGGAGGACGUCUCAUGGCGUGUGGACUACACACUCAGCUCCAGUGAGCUGAAGGAUGUCCGGGAGCCCGUGGUCCAGCUCCGGCUGCGGGCCCAAGGCAUCGAUCCGGGCUCCACACAGUCGACUGUAUUCUCUGUUAGUGCGGACAAGUUCAGGGUCUUGCUGAUGGAACUCAAGCAAGCCCAAGCCUUGAUGAAUUCCCUGCACUGAAGGAAGCACCCAUUUGCACUUACAAGUUUUCAUCUAGAAAUGCACUCAUUCAGUUACAUUUAACGACAGCAGGUUCAUUAAGGCAGCUGGCGAAUGGUGGUAUUAUUUCUGUGUAGGAGAAACUGCAUAAAAGCAGUGUAAAUACGUCAGAAGGUAAUUUAAUUCAUACGUGGAUGAAGAAGCUUUUUCAGGAAAACAGAUAGCAGGAUAGAUAAAGAAACAGACAAUUCAGAAAACUGUAGUACAGUUCAAGGUACUUCUGCUGCUAUAAACAGUUGUUUUAUUGUUGCAUUAAAAGGUUGUCUAAGGAUCAAAAUAAAAUUAAUUUUGGGUAGAGAUGGGCUUGCAGUGGGUAGGUGCCUGUCCACCUGCAGCACUGUCUUUAUGGACUGGUGCUUUAAUCUUCUGUUUAUCUUAUUACAGAGUGCAUGUCUCUGUUACCCAGCAAGGCAGUUCAGUUCAAGGGUAGGACUAACGUCAUGGAAACUGCGACGUAGGAUCUGACUUGCUGUGUUAUUGGAUGUGGGAUUUGAAUUGUUUCAGCAGACUUAAACUUAGGGAACAAUUGAUUUGGUUGAGGUGUCAAAAUCUUGGUGAACCCGUAUACAUUCUUCUGCUAACAAAAACUGCUUUGUGAUAUAGAAUGCAAUUCUGGUUAUUUAUUGUAAAACUCAUUUCCUAAAAAGCAACUGAGAUGCCACAAGAAUUCAAUUUCAUAUUGACAUUUGGCAUUAUUUAGCUAUUUCAUACAUUAUACAUACAUUUCAUACAUCGUUUUUUUCUCCAUGCAAUUAAAGAUGUCUGUAUGUAUACAAUAUCCACAGCAUAUCAUUGGCUUUUCUUUGUAGAGUUGUAUUGUGUAUGCACAUUAUUGUAGUCAAAGUAAUUGUCCAAAAAUGAAUUAUUGUAAGUAAUGUUUAGAGACCCUAAGGGUAGCUGUUUUAACAUGAUGCGCUGUUGAACAUUGGAGGAGUGCCCAACUUUAAUUGCUAUGAUUAAAACUAAAAUAAUAGAAAUUAAAUUAAAAAUGAGAGUUUCGACCAACACUAUAUCCGCAAUGUCACCAAUUAAAAUGAGCUGUUAA